GAGCAGGAGCAAUGAUCAUCCUUAAAGUUGGGAGAAUUGCCGCACACCAACUGACGUGUGGGGCCUCCAAACCGCAAGUACACCUAUGCUGGCAAUGCUGCCCUUGCCCCUCUCCCGCCAACGAAUCCCUCCACUCCCCAAAAGCAAAAACGCGCGCGAAAAAUUUCAACUCCCGCGCUUCUCCCACCGCAUCCUCUCUCCCCUUGAGUAUUUACUUUUCAAAAUACAUAAAGAAAGGAAGGGAAGCCGAGUGAUCACAUCGCCGCAACCACCAACCUCUCGAGGCCGUUCGAAUCCCUCUCUCUCUUCUCCAAUUCCCCAAUCACCGAUCACCGCGCCGCCGAUCGGGUUCGUGUGUGUGCCCUCGACGUGUUCGACGGAAAGCCCGCGAGAAGCGGAGGCCGGCUGCGGCGACGGCGAGGAUGUACGUGGUGAAGCGCGAUGGGCGGCAGGAGGCGGUCCACUUCGACAAGAUCACCGCGCGGCUCAAGAGGCUCAGCUACGGCCUCAGCCAGGAGCACUGCGAUCCGGUCCUCGUCGCGCAGAAGGUCUGCGCCGGCGUCUACAAGGGCGUCACCACCAGCCAGCUCGGCGAGCUCGCGGCGGAGACCGCCGCCGCCAUGACCGCCUCCCACCCCGACUACGCCUCGCUCGCCGCGAGGAUCGCGAUCUCGAACCUGCACAAGACCACCAUGAAGUCUUUCUCAGAGACGAUAAAGGUCAUGUACAUGCAUUACGAUGAGCGAUCUGGGCUGUUGGCUCCUCUGAUUGCCGAUGACGUCUAUGAGAUCAUCAUGAAGAAUACCACCCGCUUGGACAGUGAGAUAAUUUAUGACAGAGAUUUUGACUAUGACUACUUUGGUUUUAAGACCCUUGAGAGAUCUUAUCUGUUAAAAGUUGUUGGGAAGGUUGUGGAAAGACCACAGCAUAUGCUAAUGAGAGUUUCUAUUGGGAUACACAAGGAUGAUAUUGAAUCUGCUAUCAAAACGUACCACAUGAUGUCUCAGCGCUGGUUUACUCAUGCUUCGCCAACCCUUUUCAAUGCUGGCACUCCAAGGCCUCAAUUAAGUAGCUGCUUCCUCAUCUGCAUGAACGAUGAUAGCAUUGAGGGAAUUUAUGAUACUCUCUCAGAAUGUGCUACCAUAAGCAAAUGUGCUGGUGGAAUUGGUCUCUCAAUUCACAAUAUUAGAGCUACUGGGAGUUACAUUCGAGGAACAAAUGGAACAUCUAAUGGGAUUGUUCCCAUGCUGCGUGUUUUCAAUGAUACUGCACGUUAUGUUGAUCAAGGCGGAGGCAAGAGAAAAGGUGCAUUUGCUAUAUACUUGGAGCCUUGGCAUGCUGAUAUUUUUGAGUUCCUUGAUUUAAGAAAGAACCAUGGAAAGGAGGAGAAUCGUGCAAGAGAUCUUUUCUAUGCGCUCUGGAUUCCAGAUCUGUUCAUGGAAAGGGUGCAAAAUAAUGAAAACUGGUCAUUGUUUUGUCCCAAUGAAGCUCCAGGUUUGGCUGACUGUUGGGGAGAUGAGUUUCAGAAUCUGUACAAGAAAUAUGAAAGAGAGGGCAAGGCAAAGAAAGUUGUUUCAGCACAGGCGCUCUGGUUUGACAUUUUGAAGGCACAGAUAGAAACUGGAACACCAUAUAUGCUUUAUAAGGAUUCUUGUAAUAGAAAAAGUAACCAACAAAACCUGGGGACAAUUAAGUCUUCAAACUUGUGCACGGAGAUUAUUGAGUUCACAAGUCCCACUGAAACUGCUGUGUGCAAUCUAGCAUCGAUUGGUUUACCGCGUUUUGUAAGGGAAAAGGGUGUUCCUAUGGAGUCUCAUCCGGCUAAGCUUGUUGGUAGUAAUGGAUCCAAAAACCGAUAUUUUGACUUUGAUAAAUUAGCUGAGAUUACUUCAAUUGUCACAAGGAAUCUCAAUAAAAUAAUUGAUACUAAUUAUUACCCUGUUGAGACUGCAAAGAGAUCAAAUAUGAGGCACAGGCCAAUCGGAAUCGGUGUUCAGGGCUUGGCAGACACCUUCAUUUUACUUGGCAUGCCAUUUGAUUCAACAGAGGCUCAGCAAUUGAACAAGGAUAUUUUUGAGACUAUUUAUUAUCAUGCCUUGAAAGCUUCUGCUGAAAUUGCUGCAAAAGAAGGUCCUUAUGAAACUUAUAGCGGGAGCCCUGUCAGCAAGGGCAUUCUUCAACCUGAUAUGUGGAAUGUAGUUCCAUCUGAUAGAUGGAAUUGGUCAGAUUUAAGGGAGAUGAUUUCCAAAGUUGGAGUUAGGAACUCUCUUCUUAUUGCUCCAAUGCCUACCGCUUCUACUAGUCAAAUUCUUGGCAACAACGAAUGCUUUGAACCAUACACCUCAAACAUAUACAGUCGGAGAGUUUUAAGUGGCGAGUUUGUUGUAGUAAACAAGCAUCUUCUCCAUGAUUUGACUGAGAUGGGUAUUUGGUCCCCUGUUCUGAAAAACAAGAUUGUCUAUGAAGAUGGUUCUGUUCAAAAGAUCUCUGAGAUCCCAGAUGAUCUGAAAGCAAUUUACAGAACCGUGUGGGAAAUCAAGCAGAAAACUAUUGUUGACAUGGCCAUCGAUCGUGGUUGUUAUAUCGAUCAGAGCCAAAGUCUUAAUAUCCACAUGGACCAACCGAACUUUGGGAAGCUAACUUCCCUGCACUUCCACGCUUGGUCCAAGGGCCUGAAAACUGGAAUGUAUUAUCUAAGAACACGCGCUGCUGCCGAUGCAAUCAAAUUCACAGUGGACACUACUCUCCUCAAGGAUAAGCAGCAUAAUGCAGAGGAAGAGGAUGUCCAGUCUAAAAUGGCAGAGGUGGUGUGUUCCUUGAACAACCGGGACGAAUGCUUGGCAUGUGGUAGUUAGGUUCGUCCAAAUCACAUCUACCUUAUCCUGACCUAUAUAUAUGACCUUAUACUGCCCCUAGGCUAAACCGGCUUAUCUUUCGAUCUCAAUAGUGGUAACCCGUGUUUGGUGCACUCUGAAAUUCUGGAUUGAGGCUAUCAGACAAGACUUAUUUUUAGAACUUCACCGUUGGCUUGUAUAUUUAUGCUUAGGCUACUGUGACUGUAUCUAUCUAAAUCUAAACACCUAGUGCUUUCAUUCUAUUACCUCUGUACUAAAAUAUGAGAAAUUUUAGCCAUAUAAUUAUAUGAGCAAAAUCCAUUAUACUUUUAUUC